CCCGGCCCAAACAGCCUCCGAAUGCAACGAACGCAGAAGCCCUGCGCAGAAGUGCAGUGUUGCAGAACGCCCACAGGCCACAGCCAACUCAUCGUCUCAUACUCUCACACCGACGCAGCGACGGCUGCGAGCCUCCGACGCUUGGCCGCCUCCCGACCGGCGCUCUUCCCUGCCCCUUCUCAGUUGACCUGCCACCUGCGAUUCCGAUUCUUCCCAGCAUCCCAGCCCUUUCGCCCCUUUGCCCCCUGCCCUUCAGUGCUUCCUGGUUUUAGGCAGCUGAGGAUAACAAGAUGAUCCGAAGAGUUAGCCAAAUCAACUAUCUGAGUUCUUCAACCCCAACAUCUCUCAAAGCUCUGAGCCACCAAUUUCUGCAGCGAUGCACAGUGAGCAGAACAGCAAAGGGUAAGGGCAAAUUGAAGGCAGGACAAACCUUGAAGAGAACCAAAAUUUCUACUAAAAAGGGUUCAGAAGUUACACCAAAAGAAGCUCCUAGAAGAAAAAGCGAGUUUGAUGAAAUGCUUGAGGAGUGUUUGAGCUCUACUCCGCCCCUUCGUUUUUUGAAGCCGAAAGAGCUGGCCCGAGAGGCAGAAAGAGAGAAAAUGGGCAUAAUUUCCAAGGCCCGUGAAGAUGAGAAGAAGAAGUUGAAGAAGAUGGGGAAGGAGUUUGAAUCCCCUUGGAUGAUUGGUUCUCCGGGUUUGGACUUGAUCUCUUUGGGCCUUGUUGACGCUGAGAAGAUACCAAAGUAUGAUCUGACAGUUGAGGAUGGGCGAAGGCUAGCAAAGGAGUAUAGUAGGGUAAUGAUGAGGAAGCAUAGGGCAAGGCAGGCUUCUGAGUCAACACUGUUGAGGUUGAAGAAAGAGGCUAUUGAAGCAUUGCCAGAUGAUCUAAAAGCUGCUGCUUUGGUUCCAGACUUAACUCCAUUUCCCAUGAACCGGUUUAUGGCAACACUGACCCCUCCAAUCGAAGGAUACAUUGAGAAGGUUCAGGAGGCAGCAAGAAAGAGCUCUGCAAAGGAAAAGCUCAGAUGACAGACCUAUGAGAUGAUUUGUGCCCCAACAUUGUUCAACUCAAGUGCCUUCAGUUGGAUAGUAUCAGUAUGUUGUUGGAAAUUCGGACCUCAAGCAACUCUCAUAAUAACCUGAACCAUUCAGAAGUGGAAACAAAGCCAUUUUAUUUGACCUGCAUUGUCUGGGUGCGGGUCCCUUUUUCUAUAUUUGGGCUAGUUAUUCCCAAUGUGGUCUAAAGACUACAAAAAGUGAAUUUGUAGCUCUUGUUUUUAGCAAUAAGAGAUGCAAAUGUCAUUGUUCAAUGUUGCACAAGGUGCUAGAUUCUGGCUGCUAUACUAGUGAUGGAGUGGAUUAGUGGAAUCUAGCUUUUAGAUUAGGAUUAAGUGGGGACGUGGGGUUAAGCUCAACAUAAAUGCAAUUAGAUGGUACUUUAGUGGAAAAAAAUAUGCAGUAAAAGAUGAUCUAUUUUUAGGUGGAUAUUAAUGUGGUGAGAAAUUUUACAGUCACUAUCAGACAGCAUGAGAACAAGAAGAUGCAUACGCAAAUCCCAUUAGUGAAUGGAAUUAAGACUCAACUCAACUUUUUUUCUUGACUAUGACUAGAGAGUUGAACGUAAGAAUGGCAGGUUGAGAAUUCCUCCAUUUGAAAUUAUUAUGAGCUAUCUUUAGCAAAUGAGUUCAAUUUUAUUAAAUUGUGGAGUUUGGUGUACUUGUUUUACUUGUCCUAGUUGAUAUUUGCUAGCAUAUAAUUUUUUUUUAAGUUGCU